AUGAUGACCAACACUCCUUCAAGAUCCUCUUCUCUGGUACUCUUAGUACUCAACUUGGCACUCCUGGUCCUUGGCCAAGGCACACAGUUCAUCACUGGUCCCUGCACGAGCGAUGCCGAUUGUGCAUCCAGCUGCUGUGGCUUCAACAGCGGUCUGUGUGCCGGCCCCGUCAUAGCCCAGACACGCGACGGAGGAUGUGGUUUUGGUGACGCACAGCCCAACGACAUCGCCGCUCAAGCCUUCUUCAGCUCACAGUCGGCUGCGGCAGCGGGAGCAACCUCCCCAGCGACGGCAGCCCCUGCCCCCGCAGCCACCACUGCCGCUGCCUCGGGUUCCAACAACGGCAACGUCGGGACCGGAACGCAAUUCAUCACGGGGCCAUGCACGAGUGACGCGGACUGUGCCUCGGGCUGUUGCGGCUUCAACACGGGUCUGUGUGCGGGAGCCAUUGUCGCCCAGGAGCGAGAUGGCGGCUGUGGAUUCGGCAAUGCUCAGCCCAACGACAACGCUGCACAACUGCUCCGUGGAGAACAACCCACUUCGGCUGCCUCUUCUGCACCGGCUCCCGCGAGCACGGCCUCUUCCGGCACCGGAACAUCUGGCUCCUCUUCCUCCGGAUCAGGAACCAGUGGCUCGAAUCCACCCAUCGACACCACCAUCCCGGGCUCUCAAAACGUGGGCAAAGCCAAUGGUUCGCAAUUCAUCACUGGGCAAUGUUUCAGUGACGCAGACUGUGCGUCGGGCUGCUGUGGAUUCAACACUGGAAAGUGCGCAGGGGCAAUCAUCGCUCAGACGAGAGACGGGGGAUGUGGGUUUGGUGAUGCCCAGCCGAAUGACACUGCGGCCAAGGCGUUGGAAGGGGGAGCAAAGAAGAGGAGAGGUAUUGCCGCGGUGAGGGAGUACAUGGCAUGA